CGGCACUCUGCCUGCUACACUACGCUACAACAUAAAGUAACUACUGCUUUACUGGCAGGAGUGCCACUGCUACGGCACUGCUCUCACCUAUCUCAUGCUGUCAUGCGCUCUCCGCGGCAUACGCUUCUCGAGCUCAAUGCCCUGCUCCUCAAACACAAGCUUCCGCGCGUCAAGCGCUUCGCUGAAAUCUCACCGCUGCUCCUUAUAGCGCUCUACGAAUGCAUGCAAGGGGAGCGCCUCGCGCUUCAACAACGAGCAAACGCUACAAAAUCUCAGCAAGUACAGCAGAUUGUAUGUCUUGUUGAUGUCAUCUCGAAGACAAUUUUCAAGCUUGACCCUGCCUUGAUCAGUGCUGAGCAAGUCGUCGAACGUCAAGAAGUGGCCUUGUGCCAGCUGAUUCACAUUCUUCUCAUCGUAGACCAGGUUCUGGAGCUUCCUGAAGCUCUUCAAAAGGUUGUCGAAGAUGCUGAGGCAUCUACAAUCAUGAGUGACUGGGUUUCUGAUCAAGGGGCACAGAAGCCUCCAACACCGCGAGUAGCAACAAAGCAACGUCGCAAGCGAUCUGCACAAGCGAGCAGAGUUCGAGCUCCUCGUGCUACCACGGGCAGUCCUCGAGCAAGUGCGAUUGACAUUGGUGAUCUCUAUCAUAUGCUAAAGAUCCAUUACAGUCCUGGCGCACAUACAAGACCAGAGUCUCAAAGUGUCCCGCAAGCGUCCCCUGUCGUCAGCAUACACACGCCAGAUUUCAUGCUGCGUCGCAAAGCAGAUUUGAAGCCAUCAUUGCAUCGACACGUCUAUUCGCCUCAAGCAAGAGUCAUCUUGACGCCUCGUCAGCGACAGCCCAUCUCGCCAAGGUACAAUCGUUUCAAACGGUCUCUUGGAUCAGUUCGAGGACCGCGCAAUCACCUGUUUGCUACACCCCAGCGACACUUUCAAAGUCUACGCCAGAGUAUUCGCUCAACAGCAGGCGACAGCGAUGCCGUCUUCUAUCAAGACGACACAAUUAUGUAACAAAGCAUCUUUGCAAAUUGUACCAACAAAAUUAAAUCAUUCGCUAUGCUUGCUCUAUACUUAAUGACUCUCCAC